UCGCGAGCGUUCAUCGGCACGGUUCUCCUGACUGGACUUGGCGGGAGCGUCUGUGGCGGUUGGAGGGGAAAUAGCUGCGAAGAUGGUAGAUCCAGUUGAAGGCAACAGGCUUGAUCUUCCUGAUUAUGAGCAUACAGAAGAUGAAACAUUUCCACCUCUUCCACCACCUGCCUCUCCAGGGAGACAUGAUGAUGAAGGGGCCCUAGCGAAUGAAGAGGCAGAUGGAAAUGAUCCAUCAGAAAUAAAGGAUACUUCUGUGACUGCCCAGAAGACGGUUAAAAGGCCAAAGCCUAAACUAGAUGCACAAAGGUUAAUUUCAGAAAGAGGACUUCCAGCCUUACGCCAUUUAUUUGACAAUGUAAAAUUCAAAGGUAAAGGGCAUGAGGUAGAGGACUUAGACACACUUAUGAGACACAUGGAACACUGGGCUCAUAGAUUGUAUCCAAAACUGCCAUUUGAUGAUUUUAUUGACAAGGUAGAAUCUUUAGGAAAUAAAAAUGAAGUUCAAACCUGCUUAAAACGAAUUAGACUUGAUCUUCCCAUUUUGUCUGAAGAUUUUACAAGUAAUGAAGAUGGCAGAGGGGAAAGUAACAGGCUCAAUAUGGUUGCUGAAGAUUUAGACAUUUUUUCUGAAAAUGCGAAGGAAGAAUUUGAUUCUUGCUCAAGUAGCACUCUAACGGAGGAGCAGCAACAAAGAAUGGAGAGAAACCGUCGAUUGGCCUUGGAACGCAGACAGGCAAAGAUACAGUUUACCAGCCUUUCACAACAUGAUGACCAAUCUGCAGGCCACUCAGAUGAAGAGUUUAACAGCACUGGGACUCAGAAUCCUGACAGUCUGAUAAAAUUAGAAGAAACUCUAGCUGCUGAAGCCGGAGUUGCUGAGAGAGAAGCCGUGGGCAAAGAUACACAAUUGGAACCUGUUGAAGAAGAGAUCCAAUAACUUUUGACAAUAUCUGGGUACAAAUAAUCAAAAAAAAAAAAAAAAGACCAGGCAUACUGUAGUACUAGCAAUAUCUCUUUACAAGUGUUGCUGUCUUUUUUCUACUUUCCUUUUUAAACUGGAAGGUUUACAGAAAUCUUAAUUAAAAGUGUAGAUGGCCAAAAUUUUCCCUGUGGGGGGGAAAAAAAGAGCAGGUAUAUAUGUUGUUCUACAACGGAGUAUCUGGUAAAAGAACAAAACACCAUUUUGCCUUUUCCCUAUACUUGAACCUUACUUUUGUCACUGUUGAAAAAGCAUUGCUGAUACUAGGUUUUCUGAAUUAUAUACAAGAGUGGUGGGGUUUUUUUAAUCCCCCCCCCCUUUUUUUUCAAACUUAAAUUUUGAAAGUCACUGGGAAUCCUGUUUUAGGAAAGGUUUUCUUUAUAGGGAAUAAGCAAUAGUGAAAUUUCAGAGAUGUCGUAUGCAAACAGGUAUCUCGAUUUAGCUGUUCAGAAACAUUUUGUAACCAUACUAAUUUCUUAUGAAAUGUUUGUAUUUCAUUAUUAUACAAAAGUUAUUAAAUUUUGGAAAUAAAGUA